UCGAUAACUUUGUACUUAUUAUAUAUCCUGCGUUUCACACUCAUUUCGAGUUGUGCUGUUACAGUGUGCAAAAGUAUUUUAACUGCGAGAAACUACAAAAUAUCACCAUGUUGUACAAACUGCAUAAAAGCGGGGUCCUCACUGGAUCAUUAAACUGCUACUGCCUGGCAUGUGACACCUUCUUGACGACUCACCAAGAAGCUGAUCAACAUUUAGGGACGUCUCCUCAUCAGAAGAGCCUUCUCGCAAUCCCGUACUUAGAUAAAUUUAAAGAGGAACACAUAAGAAAGUUCCAAACGGGUUACUACUGCGAGUUUUGCAACAUAAUGCUCCCGACUGCUUCCAAAGUUAAUCUUCAUUUAACUGAAGACGAGCAUGUUACGAACAAGGGACUUUGCCUUCUGCUGCCAAGGGGCGGUGGUGUUGUGGCUUUUGACAACAUUUUUAUAGAAGAAAACGCAUGGCAUAGCCUUAUUGAUGGUGUUUGUUCAAUCUGCAAUGAAGAAUUUGAUGAAGGCGAGGAGCACAAAGCGUCCGCGAGACACUCUUUGAAUAUCGUCUUGAAAGAAAUUCGGUUUGGUACUGGCAAUGCCAUCUAUCGUCAGAUAGACGACACUUCUCUGCAAUGUGUAACUUGCAACAAGUUACUGGUUCCCGAUAAGUUAACCGCACACUUCGAUGACGCUCAGCAUCGCGAACUUUAUAACAAAUGUCGCAUCCUUACUAACGGAAUAGAUCACGAAACAGAAGCCAAAGCCAUAAAGGAAGAACAUCAAACAGCUGGAGGUUCACCAACUAUUGAGUUUAAAAGUGGAUUAAAACAAUCGAACAUCGACGCAAAUAAAUCCGCCGAAAGCAAAACUAAAAUACUUGAAUCGUUAACAAAAUAUCAAAGCGCAGGAAUCAAUAUUAAUUUGGAAAGAGAAACGGCUUACUGUAAAAAAUGCUCUGAAGUAGUUGAAUUCAACUAUGCAAAUAUAGAAAAGCAUAUAACUGACCAUUCCACAAACGCACCAGUUGAUACUACUUUGCAAUAUCCUUCAAAUCCGGACCAAAAUUUGAAUAGAGUCGACAUAAACGACAAGACUGCACAGCGGUCCGAAAUAAAUGAUGAAAUUGAGAGCAAAAUAAAAGCAUUGCAAGAGAAUUCAAAUGAAAAGGUUAAAUCAGACGAAGACGGAGACAGCAGCAAUGAGAUAGUUGAAAACGAAAAGGAAUUUGCAAAAAUUAAUAAAAUAACUUACAAUCAGAAUAACAAGCAGUCGUAUUGUCGAGUCUGUAAGGUUCACUUGCCGGCUAACUUGAAGUCGAUGAAAGAGCAUGUUGGAGGAGCGAAUCACAAGAAACUCGCUGACUCCUCUCCGACAUCCAAGUGCCAAAUACAAAGUCCUACAAUGUUAAUAAAGAAGAGAACUGGAGAUUUUAUUGACUCACUUUACGAUGUCAAUAGCCUGUUCGAUAGCCUUUCCAUUAUUAAUGAGGAAUACUGUGUCACCAAAAACAGUUUAGUAUUUUUGACGGCAAUCAAUUCGAGGAUGAGGUGCCUAUUAUGCGAAGUGACAUUACCCCCGUUUUCUGACACAGAUGAUCAUAUUAAGACAAGAAGGCACAUCACCAAAUUUCUUGAAGUCCCAGUCAUUGUGUCGGUGGAAAACGAAUUUAUUAGAGAGAUGCAUCCGGGCUUAUACCACUGUGCGUAUUGUGAGCUGGUCAUAACCGGCUGGGCAGACAUGGAAAAGCACUUGAAGUGCUCGGACCACCACGACAACAGGAGGAAAGGGGAACAACGUUUGAUUUCACGUCUACCAGGUUUACAAAACUAUAAAUUAGAGAAGGCAAUUGAAGCUAUGGCUAUAAGAAGGCUUUUCAACAUGUUUUAAACCAAAAUUUGUUUAUUAAAAUACCUAAAUAAACUAAGUAGGUGUAUGACCCGAUAUAAAGAAAUCAAAA